UAUAAAUAUACAAGAAUAACAAGUGUUAAUUAGAACCAAACUCCCUCAGCUGUGUUGUUGUGGUCGCUCCUUCUUCAUGCGAUCCCUCCGUCGUGAGGAUAACCGCCAAAAUGUCGGGAGGACUAAAAGUUAUGAGCCUUGAGGAAAAUGAUGUGACACGGUUCCUGGCCGCGUCAACACAUUUGGGCGCCAACAAUGUAAACUUCCAGAUGGAACAGUACGUCUUCAAGAGGCGUCAGGAUGGUGUUCACAUCAUCCAUUUGCGUAAGACUUAUGAGAAGAUUCUGCUUGCUGCACGUGCAAUUGCUGCAAUUGAAAACCCUGCUGAUGUGUAUGUGAUUUCAUCACGCCCCAUGGGACAAAGAGCUGUACUCAAAUUUGCAAGAUACACAGGUGCCAGACCCAUUGCUGGCCGUUUCACUCCAGGAGCAUUCACUAACCAGAUUCAGGCUGCCUUCCGUGAACCACGUCUGCUCGUAGUGACCGACCCUGCAUCUGACCACCAGCCCAUUACUGAAGCCUCCUAUGUUAACAUUCCUGUCAUUGGAUUCUGCAACACUGACUCUCCCCUGCGAUAUGUGGAUAUUGCAAUCCCCUGCAAUAAUAAGAGUCCUCGCUCAGUUGGUCUGAUUUGGUGGAUGCUGGCUCGUGAAGUUCUGCGUCUGCGUGGGACAAUCUCCCGUAACCUGCCUUGGGAGACUGAUGUUAUGCCUGACUUGUUCUUCUACCGUGACCCUGAGGAGCAGGAGAAGGAAGAAGCUGCUAAAGCUGAGGCUGCCAAGGCUGAAGCAGAAGCUGCUAAGGCCGAGGCUCCAGCCCCAGAAAAUUGGGCCACUGAUGUAGCUGAAGCUGAAGCACCAGUUGCUGCUCCUGCUGCUCCCGUUGCAGCUGGUGCUGCUCCUGCUGCUCCAGUGGCUGUUGCUGGUGCUGCACCUGCUGCUCCAGCUCCAGCUGUUGAAGAUUGGGGCCAAGCUGGUGAUGAUUGGGCUGCUGCUGCUCCUGCUGGAACUGGAGAGGAAUGGGGCGGUGCAACCGAUACCGCUUGGUAAACAUGCCAAUAAAUACUACUAUUGAGA